AACGAAACAGAUUCAAGAGGACACAUUUGGCCAAAAUGCUGUCAAUAUUGAGAAAGGCUCGCUUAAAGGACAAAGAGAUGAGAAUUCUGAUGCUUGGUCUUGAUAAUGCUGGGAAGACAACGAUUGUGAAGCAGAUUAUGAACGAAGAUGUCACAACUGUCAGCCCUACACUAGGCUUCAUUAUCAAAACAAUAGAUUUUGAAGGAUAUAGAUUGAACAUAUGGGACGUCGGGGGACAGAAAACCCUUCGGUCAUACUGGAAAAACUACUUUGAGAAGACUGACACACUUGUCUGGGUGGUAGAUGCAACAGACCGUCUUCGAGUUGGCGAUUGCCGGGAUGAACUCGCAGGCCUACUCCUCGAAGAGCGCCUGAUGGGAGCAAGUCUCCUGAUAUUCUUGAACAAGACAGAUGUAGAGGGAUGUAUGACGGAAGAUGAAGUCCGUGAACGGCUUCGCCUGGAUUCAAUAAAGACUCAUAAAUGGACUAUAUUGCCCUGCAGUGCCAUGACAGGCAAGAAUCUCCUUGAAGGCUUACAAUGGGUAGUGCAGGAUGCGAAAGACAGACUUUUCCUCUACUGACCCCGUCUCUACCCGCUUCUGUCGAGUACGCUUGAGCGUCUGGAAUUUUCAACUCCAAUACGGAUUUAUGUUGAUGCUUCUUGGGUCAGAUCAACACUCGAGAAAUCAUUGAUAUCACUAAUGCUAAGAUGAAAUGAGUCUGUCGUUUUUCAAUCCAGCGAAACAUGCUCUGUGUUACUCUACAUAUAUGUCUGCAACCAACCAUUUAGUCGUUUCUUAAAAUUUGAAGAAAGCCC